AUGGCCAACGGCAUAGCCAAAAUUGCUCCUUCAUUUACUCCACAGAGCGCUCAGAAUAACAAUGGUUCUUACAGCAAAGCAAGAAUUGUCACAGACGUGAAUUACCACCCUAGCACUAGCAAGCAUCCUCUGAAGCCUAUCCAAAUAAAACCCGUUGUUUCAAAUUCUAAAUUCGUGGUGGUGAACACGCCUGCACCUCCACCGCCGCCCGCUCCGGCUGGAGUGACCCUCACUCCGGGGAAAGGCUAUGAGUGUCGCGUGUGUCAUGUCUACUUUGAGAGCAUCAACGUCCUGCAGAGGCACAAGUGUGCCAAAGCUCACGAGUUCCUGAUGAAACAUAAACUCAGCGCUCCAGGGAACAGGCAGAGGUCAGCGGCACCUUUACAAGUGCCCAGUUCAUCUGUGAAGAAUGUGCCCAAGCCCAUCCUGCCCGCCCCCAUGAGCAGCACUGAUCGCAGACUCUCAAACGUGACUAAAGACACAUCCACAGCAGCUGCAGAUGAUGACUGCUUCAUUGUUGAAAGUGGACCAGAGAAACCAGCCGAGGUCAUUUACCAAGUCACCUCUUCUGUCCCCAUCACAACUUGA